CGGACACUGUUUGUGAGCCAGAAGGGCUGACUGCUCCACCUAAGGUAUUGUGUGAAACUUUGGGAGACAUUGUGGAGUGUGAUUGCUGGGAGGGAGAGCAGGGUGUGGAUAAAUAUCUACCUGUAACUGAACCAGUGAUGUCUACCAAAUGUGAGAUAGUGAUGUGCCUGUAUAGUGAUGUGCCUGUAUCAAAAUACUGUGAGGCUGGGAUGUCAGAGAGUAAGGGGGAGGAGGAAGGUGAGAGCCAG